AUGGCACGUGGGGCUGGUGGUCUGUUAGACGGUGGAUUUGUAUUCAAAUUGGGAAGGCUAUUCAAAACUCCUUAUGGUGGUGAAGGUGUUGAUUUUGUUGAUCAGUUGAAUUAUCAGUUCACUGGUGGACUUAUGGUGAUAUUUAUAGCAAUUAUCAGCUUGAGACAAUAUGUUGGUAAACCAAUUCAGUGUUGGGUACCACAAGAGUUCACAAAGUCCUGGGAAGAAUAUGCUGAGAAUUUAUGUUGGGUUUCGAACACGUACUUCUUGCUACCUAAUGAAGAAAUACCAACUGAUCAAGUGGAUUAUGAAAAGGUCAAAUUUAUUGGCUACUAUCAAUGGGUGGCAAUAGUUUUAGCCGGUCAAGCUAUGAUGGCAUGGGUACCACACUUACUUUGGCGUGUUGGUUCAAGGCGUUUACCUCUUUUAUUGAAAUCAGCCAAGGAAGCUGCUAUACCUGACCGUGAAUUACGACUUAAAGCCGUUUCAUGCUUAGUGGCAACAUUAGAAGAACAAGCUGAAUCACAAUCAAGAUUUAGACGAAUAAAAUCUAUUGUCAAUAGAUGUCUUUGCGGCGUUACGCCGAAUGCUCGUUUAACUAUGCUUUUCUUAUUUGUACGAGCAUUGUUUGUAGCCAAUUCAGUCGGACAAAUAUACUUAAUGAAACGCUUUACCGGUUUUAAUAGUACUGUAUUUGGGCUGCGAUUAUUACAAGAUUUAUCCUCUGGUGUCGAGUGGGAACGAACUGGACAUUUUCCCCGUGUCACAUACUGUACAAUAAAAGUUCGGAAAAUGGGGCAAACUAAACCUGCAAGAUAUCAUAAACUGAUAUAUCUUCACAUAAGACUAUAUAUAUACAUAUAUGCUGCAAAGGAAUUCCCCAAGGCAUAA